AUGUGGCUUCUCCUCACCGUCUUACUCUCGCUGCUAGGGCAGGGCUUUUCCUCUUGCAUCUGGCGCCCGACACCUGGUACAACUUGGCAGUGGCAAAUCACUCAGACCAUAAACACAAGUCUUAACGUUGACAUGUACGACAUAGACCUCUACGAAGCCACAGCCUCGGACAUUGCUACACUGAAAGCCGCGGGAAAGAUUGUUAUCUGCUAUUUCUCGGCUGGUAGUGCGGAAGACUUUAGAGCCGAUUAUUCUCAGUUUCCGGCAGCUACAUUAGGUUCGAUCCUCUCCGGCUAUCCGGAUGAGAAGUGGGUGGACAUCCGAGAUUCCACCAUCAGACAAAUCAUGAUGGCACGCCUAGACUACGCCCAGAGCCGCGGCUGUGACGGUGUCGAGCCGGACAAUAUGGAUGCGUAUGACAACAACAACGGGCUGGGCUUGACACCCGCUCAUCAGCUGGAUUACAACAAAUUCAUAUCUCGAGAGGCCCAUAAACGAGGACUGUCAGUUGGAUUGAAGAACGAUCUGGCGCAGGUGAAUGAGCUGGUGGAUUACUUCGACUGGGCCCUGAACGAGGAGUGUCUGGAUUAUACAGAGUGCCCGGAUCUCCAGCCAUUUCUCGACCAAAAUAAGGCUGUUUUUCAUGUGGAGUACGUGAAUUAUGAGUGGCAAGGAAACGCCAAGAAAGCCACUGUGUGCUCAUCCUCAGGGAGACCGUCGGGUUUCAGUACUCUGAUAAAACUGUGGGACUUGGAUUCCUGGAGAUUAGUGUGCUAGAGCGCAAAAAGAAAUGAUCCUCCACUCCUGGCGCCUCUAUCACAAAGCCACCUUGGGCUAUAAAGCUCAAAAUUGUAAUUUUGAAUACAAAAUAAU